AAGAGCCGACGGGACACCAGUGAUCCUGCUGCUGGGUAAAGAUGGAGACCAACAGCGGCCCACCUCUCGCUCCUCAUCCUGCCGCCACAUGUGGAUACACAGCGCCAAAUGGUCGAGACAUGGAGAGCAAGGAGACUCUGCGUGGGCUGCAGAAGAUGGAGGACCGGCCAGAAGAGCGCUUGAUCCGAGAGAAGCUAAAGGCCACCUGUAUGCCCACCUGGAAGAGCGAGUGGCUGGAGAGGCGCAGCAGGAGAGGCCCGAUGGUAGUGAAGCCCAUUCCUCUGAGAGCAGACGGCACUGAGGCGGGAAGCGACAAUCACAGCUCAUCUUCCUCUCAAAGCAGAGGUCAUCGCAGCCCUUCACCUGGACCUUCCUCCUCCUCCUCAUCCUCCACUAAGACCGCUGGGAAGCCUGAUUCUCCUGGUCUGCGCAGACGGAGAGCCUCUCCGGUGCCGAGCGGGAGGGUGACGCCCCCUCGGAGAGCUCCCUCGCCUGAUGGCUUUUCCCCAUAUAGUCCAGAGGAGACCAACCGCAGGGUCAACAAGGUCAUGAGAGCCCGCCUCUACCUGCUGCAGCAGAUAGGACCUAACUCAUUCUUGAUUGGCGGAGACAGUCCUGACAACAAAUUCCGGGUGUUCAUUGGUCCACAGACGUGUAGCUGUGGCCGAGGGACGUUCUGCAUCCACGUGCUCUUCGUCAUGCUCAGAGUUUUCCAGCUGGAGCCGUCAGACCCUCUGCUGUGGAGGAAGACCCUCAAGAACUUUGAGGUGGAGAGCUUGUUUCAGAAGUACCACAAUCGCCGCAGCUCGCGCAUCAAAGCUCCCUCACGCAGCACCAUCCAGAAGUUUGUCUCUCGCAUGUCCAACUCUCACACGACAUGUACCUCCAGCGCCUCCCCAUCCAGCAACGAAAGCAGCAUGAAGGAUGAGGAGGAGCAGAUGUGCCCUAUCUGUCUGUUGGACAUGCUAGAUGAGGAAAGUCUGACGGUGUGUGAAGAGGGCUGCAGAAACAAACUCCACCAUCACUGCAUGUCUAUAUCGAGACAAGCCGGCACCAGCCAUGUUUGUGUGUCUGGCGAGCAUUCUUUGGCCGGGGCGGGUGCAGGGGCGGGGCUUGGGACAGCUGCAGGGGAGGUGUCCGGAGACGUGGUGGUGGAGUCCUGCUGUAGCGUGCUCUCCAUGGUCUGCGCUGACCCCGUCUACAAAGUCUAUGUAGCAGCACUGAAAACCCUGCGAGCGAUGCUGGUCUACACCCCCUGUCACUCGGUGUCAGAGCGGACGCGAUUACAGCAGCUGCUGCGGCCCGUGGUGGAGACCAUCCUGGUCAAGUGUGCAGACGCUAACAGUCGCACCAGUCAGCUGUCCGUCUCCACUCUGCUGGAGCUGUGCAAAGGGCAGAUGGGGGAGCUUGCUGUGGGAAGGGAAAUCCUCAAAGCAGGCUCUAUUGGUAUUGGUGGAGUUGACUAUGUCCUGAACUGUAUCUUGGGCUCUAAAACAGAGGCCAAUAACUGGCAAGCACUGCUGGGUCGACUGUGUCUGAUCGACAGGCUCUUACUGGAGUUUCCUGCUGGAUUGCUCUUACUGGAGUUUCCUGCUGAAUUCUACCCUCAUAUUGUGUCUAGUGGAGACUGCAACCAGGCCCAAAACAUUGGGGAGAGGUAUCAGAAGCUGCUGCCUCUUCUGAGUUUCGCGCUGCAGUCCAUCGAUAACUCUCACUCCAUGGUGGGUAAACUCUCUCGUCGCAUCUUCCUGAGCGCUGCUCGUAUGGUAGCGCGUGUGCCUCAUGUCUUCGUUAAGCUCCUGGACAUGCUUAACAUCACCAGCUCCACUCACUACGCCCGCAUGCGCCGGCGUCUCCUGGCCAUCGCAGAGGAGAUGGACAUCCUGGACGCUAUCCAUUUUGGACUAGAAGACCUACAGACCCACAGUUCACACUCCAGUGCUUUCCUCGAACCCUCAGCCCCCCAUAACUCCCCAUGCGCCACCGAAAGAAACUCUCCCACCCCUGAUCUACAGCAGCCCACCACCAAGCUGGCGCUUUCAGGUCAAGCCAGUUCAGCUCCUGUGGACGAUAUAACCGAGAGACUCGCAAACGUCGUCACAAGCCCUGCUGAUUUUCCAAAGCCCCCCGUUCAGGCCCGAAACAGACCCGUGAGUCAGUGUUUGAACUCCCCGUCAUCCGGUCAUCCCCCAAACCUUCCUUCUCUGUCCAUGGCCAACGCCUCUGCCUUCCCUCCAGAAAACCCCAAAGCCCCGCCACAGAGUUUUGUGCCCAACAAACUCGCCCAGUCCUCACUGAAUACCCAGUGUAAGUUGCCUCUGCAGAAGGGACUAAACUGUAAGGAGCCGGAGAAGCUGCCUUCGCCCGUGUUUACCCAAGCCCGACCACUGAGUCAGAUCCACUGGCCCAGACCCUCUUGGCCCUCUCCCGCUGCCUCAUCCGAAGGAGCUAAAGCUUUAAGCCCAGGGACAAAGAGCAGCAUGAAACUGGACCUUCAGGAGGUGCGGUCCAGAGAUGGCGCUGUCUGCAGCGGCGGAUCUGCUCUCAUCCCCAGCGAGGACUCAGUCUUCACUCCAGUGGAGGAGAAAGUCCACAGUCUGGACGCCUCGGCUGAUCUCAGCUCCAGCAUGGAGGACCUGUUGGAAACCUCCAUCCCCGCGGCAGACAGCACGGUCACCUUCCAGUCCGAAGUGGCGGUGCUGUCACCGGAGCAGGCGAACACAAGCGACGACACAUACAGCGAGGACGUGACCCAGAACCAGAAGUGCAAGGAGAAGAUGGAAGCUGAGGAAGAGGAGGCGCUGGCGGUGGUCAUGGCCAUGUCUGAGUCGCAAGACGCCUUGCCUGUCAUCCCGCAGUUACAGGUGGAGAAAGGAGAGGACGUGAUCAUUAUUCAGGUGGAUACACCAGAGACUCUGCCUGGUCAUACCAAAGCAAAGCAGCCAUACAGGGAGUGCAUGGAGUGGCUCAAAGGUCAGCAGAUUGGCCUGGGUGCCUUCUCGUCAUGUUACCAGGCUCAGGAUGUGGGCACUGGCACUCUGAUGGCUGUCAAACAGGUGACGUAUGUGAGGAACACCUCCUCAGAGCAGGAAGAGGUGGUGGAGGCACUACGAGAGGAGAUCCGCAUGAUGGGCCUCCUCAGCCACCCCAACAUCAUACGGAUGCUUGGGGCAACCUGUGAGAAGAACAACUACAACCUGUUUGUGGAGUGGAUGGCAGGUGGCUCUGUGUCUCAUCUCUUAAAUAAGUAUGGUGCCUUUAAGGAGGGUGUGAUCAUCAACUACACCGAGCAGCUUCUACGAGGUCUCGCUUACCUCCACGAGAACCAGAUCAUCCACCGUGACAUCAAAGGUGCCAAUCUACUAAUAGACAGCACAGGCCAGAGGUUGCGGAUAGCUGAUUUUGGGGCAGCGGCACGUCUGGCUUCAAAAGGCACCGGUGCGGGAGAGUUUCAGGGUCAGCUCCUGGGAACCAUUGCCUUCAUGGCUCCUGAGGUGCUGAGAGGGCAGCAGUACGGUCGCAGCUGUGAUGUCUGGAGUGUGGGCUGUGCUAUUAUCGAGAUGUCCUGUGCGAAGCCGCCCUGGAAUGCGGAGAAACACUCCAACCACCUGGCACUCAUUUUCAAGAUCGCCAGCGCUACCACAGCGCCCACGAUCCCGCCCCACCUGUCUCCAGGCCUGCGGGACGUCACCCUGCGCUGCCUGGAGCUCCAGCCCUCCGACCGGCCGCCCUCCAGAGAGCUGCUGAAGCAUCCCGUCUUCCGCCACAGCUGGUAGAGCGGGCCCUCAGACUACUGAAGCUCAUCCUGCUGUCAUGCUCUUCUGUCUUUCUCUUGCCACAGUCACUGAAGAGGGCCCUAAAUGCUGUAGCCUCAAUAUCUGAUGCAAAAACCCGCUAGCACAUGUGAGUGUCUGUAUGAAAGUGCCAUGUCUGUUUUUAAGUUCAGAUCUCUGCUUCCCUUUUGAAUCGGGUCGUCGAGGCCGAGGUCAGUUCAUCUGUUAAAUCUCCUCACAUUUGAACACUUUUUGUGUCGGGCCUCAUGAUUUGUUUUACACCACGAAUGUGUUUUGGUGAAAGACAAAUCUUUGCUAGUUGAACUAGCACACCGCUGAAUGUGAAUGCUUGUGAUGCCGGUAUGGUUCGCUUUUCAUUUAAUUUCUGAAUGGAGAUCAUAUGUAUAGAUGUCUGCUUUUACUUGUUUGGGUGCAAUCGGGAACCUUUUCAAAGCUAUCACCCAAUUUUAGACUGUGAUGUGUGUCUGUAACUCUGAUUUUACUUGUUGGAAAGUCUCACUGGAACAUCAUUUCUGAUCUCCAACAUUUCAGUUUUAAUGUUGUGAUUUGACUCAUGAUUCAGCUGUUAAUUGCUCAGCCAUGUUUUUGGUGCUGUUCUGUUCACAUUCACGAAAAUCCAGGCAACAGGCGUUUUGUAAAUGAUUAAGCUUCCUAAAGGAGUAUUCAGCACCUGUACCUGAGUAUUUCCUCAUGUGUUAUUUACUCCGUUUCAUGCUGUUGAACAUUUCGGUGGAGGGAUCAUAUUUAGCUAAUGAUAUUAGUGCUCAUAAACAUUGUUUUCCCAAAAACAAUUAACAUUGUGCAUGUUCUGAAGAUGUGCCAGGUGUAUGAACUGUAGCUCUUCAAGUGUUGUUGCUGUUUAGGUUGAAAGCUUUUUGACAAAUUUUAAAAGAAUAUUGAUGACCUUAUUUGGACUCCCUUCACGCAAAUCUCAGAGUUUUAAAUGUGACAAUUUCAAAACUAUUUUUAAAAGUAAAGUUAUUUAAUGCUAAAUUGUGGAAUACAGGCUGAUCAAGCUUGAAGAGUUCAGAUGUAAAUAUGAAUUUUGGUAGCUAAAUGUAUUUUACUCGACUCGACAAUUUUUUAUUUUAUUUAUUUUUUAUUUUUUUGGGAAACCACACUUCUCAUCAUAAAUACUUAUUUUGUUCCUGCAUUUGGGUGUUUUUUUUUUUUUUCUUUUUCUAUGCCUUUACAAAAGCUUUAAAGUUAUGCACUCUUGUCUUUUUAAAUACUGGAAAGGUGUCUGUUUCAGUCAGCUUCAUAAAAUCUAAUCAGUAUUACUUGAGUUUUUCACAUCUUCUGUCAUUUCUUUUCAGUUCGAUCAUCUCGACCAGCUUGUUGCUCACUGUUGUUAUUAUUAUUUCAUGGGCUUUUUUUUAUGGGGGCUGAACUGACCUGUAUGAAAGGAUGCCGUUUCUUGUCACUUGGUGGUACUUUUUAUGUGAAGAUUGUCUAUUGCGGUUUUAUUCCAGUCUUUUCUACCUCAGGUGUCCUCUAGUUUUCUU